AUUUAUUUGCUUCUAUUUUUCCUUUAUUUUUUACGCAAAACGUAACGAGAUAUCGAGAUCCUCCUUUCAUUUAAAUCGAUACAAGAAGUGAUAUAUCACAUCAUCAAACGAAGAUUCAAUUCCAACCUCAACGCGGAGUUCGAAAGUGCGAAGUUACAAUGCACGUUUGGCUGGUCUCGUAAUUUUCUUUACGGCCGCACCGAUAAUUUAUCGUGGAAUUUCGCGCUGCCAGCGAGUUUCGUGAGUCUCAGGUCAACGAGUGAAUGAUUCUUAUGCAGAUUGGCCAGAGUGACGUAGGAUUGUGAUGAUCGAGAGUUUGAUCGGGAGUAGCGAGCUCGUGGGGCACACCGCCGAUCCUCAGAAAUGAUGAAUUGCAAUGGAGGGUUAUCCGUGGCCGCUGAUGCACGUAAAGCGAGCGCUCCCAUGGACAGCAAACCGAUCAUUACCUGUGCUGGAGAUGAGAACUUGUUUUCUACAUUGGAAAAGGGUUUACUCCAAGCUAUACCUGCAGAUGCCGCAGAAUGGCGCAGGUCAUUCAGUAGACCGAUUAAGCAAGUCAAACUUGGAGCUACCUUUGUGCCAUUUUCGAGGGAAAUUUUACCUACUGAGAAAGAUUGGCAUCUUAUAAAGCAACCAAUCUUUCACAUUUAUUGGACUGAAUGUUCUGAUAUUGAUACCUACAAAACUAGUGUCAGAGACGAUAUCGAUGCCUGGUUAAAAAUAUUACAUUUAUACCACAUCCAAGACUGGAUGAUCGUUCUAGUAGAAACAUAUGAUGUGAAGAAAGCCAAUAAACUAUUACCUAGAACUACUGUUUUGGACAAAAUACGAAGUGAUUUUGCUGCCAAGACUGGUGAUAGGUGCUUUGCUGUAAUUAAUCCGAUCAAGUCUGAAUCGCGCUCUGCCGAAUCAUGGAGAGGCUUGAUUACGCGCAUUCGUCAUUUAAUGUUGACUGCAUAUGAUAGAACUCUUUCGCGCUUUGAAGACGUUAUACGCGAGCAGAGGGAAAGACGAAACAAUCCUAACUGGAAUUUUUGCCAUUACUUUCUCUUGCAGGAAGAGUUAGCAUUUGCAUUACAAAUGCUAGGCUUAUAUGACGAAGCGCUAGUACAGUACGAUGAAUUGGAUGCUCUCUUUACACAGUUCGUGCUCAAUUCUAAUGUAGGAGACAAAUUGUUCGUAGAUACUCCGGGAUGGUUGAGUCUGUUUCAAACGCCCCUCAACAACUGGGGAGGCGUAAAUUUAAAUAACGGUACAAAUCAUCAUCUAAGAUUUCUUUUGGCCGAGUGUAAGGCGUCCUUGUUAGAUCUUAGAAGUUACUUGUUUAGCAGACAGUGUGCCAUGCUACUCUUGCUUAAUAAACCUUGGGAGGUUGCGCAAAGGUGCUUGUCAUUUGUUCACAAUACACUGAGCGAGCUAAGAAUCCUAGAAGUACAGAGGCCCGAAGGGUCCGUAGAAUGUUGGUCGUUCCUCUGUGCGUUGGAAGUUUUGCAAGCGUGUCAGUUAUCAACCUACAAUAUCGAUAAUAAUCAACAGUUGGAUCUGUGCUCCUUGCAUACAGCUAGCUUAUGGGCGCUUGCCCGGGACAAGUUAGGGAGCUUAGGAAAACUGUGUGGUCUAAUGCCAGGAACCGAGCCGACCAGCGAACAGUUGCACACGGUCGUGUACCUUAUCGCGGGCAUAGGAGACUCGGAGCCGCAGGUAGAGGGAAAAUUGACACCUACGGACAAGUUAAAAGAGGCACUCUCGUCCAAGGAAGCGUUCAAGAAACAAUACUUGGAGCACGCGGAAUUGGCCAUGGGUACAUACAAGCACGUCGGCCGUAUCCGAUCGGCGAGGCUGAUCGGCAAGGAACUGGCGCGAUUCUACAGCGAGCUCGGAGAGAAUCAGAAGGCGGUCGCGUUCCUGUCCGACGCGUUGAAAACUUACAUGGACGAGGGGUGGAAUCACUUAGCCGCGCAGACGCAGCUGGAGUUGGCCGAGUGCUACAAACGGAUGGACGACGUCGAGAAGUAUACUAAAGUGUGCGCCGCGGUAGCUAGUACAAACGUUCUGCACGUAACUGUACGCAACACAUACCUGGAGGAGAUGUUGGGGUACAUGAAAAUGAUCUCGUCGCCUCAACCGUUACUCACGGAACUCACGUGUGCUUUUACAAUACUCAGUAUGGAAGUUAAAGUAAUGGACAAGGUGGUGCAAGACUGCGUAGUUAGCAUCGAGAUCGGUGUACAGAGCCUGUUCCCCCGGGAGGUGAGAUGCACGGGCGCUGCUGUCUCCAUCGAGGAGAUGCAGAAGCCAUCCAUGCCUAAUAAAAAGAAAGGAUUGAAAGCACCCGCUGAGCCUUCAGUACAAUUGUUGUCAAAGUGCACAUUAGACGAUAUGAAGCCCCUUGAUCCCAGUUUGUUACGGUUGCAAAUAUAUUCGUACUUGGAUUAUAAGGAAGACAGAAGUCUCGGCUCUGCCGGCGUUAUCAAUAAAAAUACGAAGCCGCUCGUGAGACGUUCGGACAGCGCGAAACAUAGAAAACCAUCGGUCAAUGCAAAGGGCGACUUUAGUAGAGCGCUCCUGUGCGACGAAUUCGUUAUGAAACCCGGUGCAAAUACGUUCGUAUUGACAAGACGGGUGAAUCAACCAGGUUUAUACAAAGUUAGCCAAUUGUCACUGGUAAUAGAAGAAAAAUUAGAGUUUCUAUCGUCGACCCUGAAUCCCCGAUUGUGCUACGAGGUAGCGAAAACGCAGCCGACGGUGUCCGUAAAUUGUGGCAGAGACUUGCUCGCGGGUCUCACUCAGGACAUCGAGUUGGUUAUCUCGAGCGGAAGCACAAAGAUAACCGAAGAGAUGAAACUGAAGCUACGCACAUCACGUGGACUGGUAGUGCAAUCGCAGAGCGUGGAAAAGGUAAUGGUGAAGGAGUUAGAGAUACCACUGCCAACAUGCGAACCGUUUCAGACCGUGAAGCUACAAUUGAAGGUUCUAGCCGAACUUCCACCAAAGAAGGAUUCAUCAUCCAUGGAGCAUAAAUUGAAUAUACAAUGCCCAUGGGGCACGGAGGAAAGCAUACCUCUGCAUUUCGGUCCGCCAUUAAUGUCGAGCAUGAAACUCCAUACAGCGAAGCAGAGAAAAUUCGUUCAGAUAGUCGUGACCGGACUGACGAAUCAGCUUCUGCAAUUAACUGAGCCCGAACUGAUGACAAUUACGUCGAUAGAUGUGAAUUUCAGAAGCUUAAAUCCCGUGGCGGGUCAGGGAUUGGUGAUAGGUAACGGGAUGAACGUUUCCUUCAUGUGGGAACUCGAGAUCGGAAAGGACGAGAAAUCCACGAUGCCAAUAAAGACUGAUUUCCGUGUAAAAUAUAUACCAAUUAGUGACAAUGAGGAGUUAAAUGAAUCGCGUGUUAACGAUGAUCCAUUACACAUACAUAAUUUAGAGAGAAUUGAGAAAGCGUGUAGCGUUUACAGAUGCAAUUUUGAUAUUACAGAUUAUGUGACUUUGUUCACGGUAUCCUCGAAAGUAGAGGCGAGCGGUGGCGGAGGAGAGUUUUGUCGUGCCGGUAGUAUGUGCCACCUCUGUCUCACGGUGAUGCGCGUGUUACCUAGUCCUAGUCCGAAUCCUCCGCCACAGUUGAUGUACGAGGUUCUAGCGGACCAAACCAUGUGGGCGGUGUGCGGUCGAACCGCAGGCAUUGUAUCGUUAGAAAUAGUAGAGAAACAGAGCGUCACAUUGGACGUGAUGCCCCUGACGAGCGGUUAUCUGCCUCUCCCUGUUGUUAGAUUAUCUCGAUACAUUCCCGCAACAGAAUCAAAAAAUGAUAUCAUCCGUAAUAAAAAUGACGUAGCAUCGGGGCCCCGAUUAGAGCCAUUUAGUCCAGGACAAGUGUAUAAUGCCAGUAAAGCGCAGCAAGUGCACGUGUUGCCCGCAGCUCCAUCAGAAUCGAAUUAAAGAUGUGUAAAUUCUUGUUAAAGGCGUGUACACGCCUCGCUUUCGUGUAACAUAAUCGUGUAGUCACGGACACCUUUAUUCUAGAAGGAACUUUAGAAAGCAAUUGCAAAUUGUUUUUCUAUGAAAUUGAACGAUUGUGUAAAUAUUUCAUUUUAAAUUCAUAUUACAUAGACGAAACAUUAUGGUAGCAAUAUAAAUUAUUGUUUUGGGGUAAGUAAAUCGACAUUAAAUAUAAUCAUUCAAUAUUAUUUCUGUAAGAUUUUUCAGCGAAAAUUUAUCUCAACUUUCCAUUGCCAAAGCCAUUCGGUUUUCAGAAAACCUAAAUUUUGCGGUUAUUAGUAAUUAAGCAAUAUAAAAUGCCAUAAGAUUAUUUAAAAAUUACAAGUACUGAAGAUUUGAUUUUUCACCAAGCAUAUCUUUCUAUACUUAUACAUAUAUGUAUUGAAAAUUGUUUGAUAUUUACAAUUAUAUCUCAAUGAAAUUUCAUUAGGAAGUAAUAUGACAUGUAUUGCAAUAAUAUGACAUAUACCGUAUUCAAAAAAUAUUCUACAUCUUGACGAUAUAUCAGUUGCGUUACAGUUGUUGAGCAAGUUUGUUGUUAAACAUGUCUUGUUUGAAUUUAUGUACUUAUAUCUUGUCAUUUUGCUACCUGCACAUGACAAAUAAUAUCUCAUUGAUCUUGCUCUUUUCUACUCUACACUUACUUAUAGUUACGUUGUUAAUAGGAAUCCGGGUAACUUUUUCUCUUUCUGUAAAAUAUUUGAAUAUUUUGUAUCAUCUUACAUACGAUCUUAAGAGAAGCCGGUAAUAUAAGAAUGUUUCUCACAUUAUAUAUACAAAUAUGUAAAAUUUGUACAAAUAUUUGUUAACAACAUACUCAUAAGCUUGUGAAUAAAUGUUACACAUUUUUAUUCAUUAAAUUGUAACAUAGUAAUUCUUACAGAUAUAAUUUUGGUACAUAAACUAGAAACUUAUUUAAUGUAAGACAAAAAUAAAAAUAUUGUGUUCCUUUAAUAAUAUUCAUAUCUUCAAUUAAAUAUAUCUGUAGAAAAAGAAGGAACUACAUUGUAUAUAUUAUAUUUAUGACUAAUUAUUUUGUUAAAAUUGUUGGAACAUGAUUAGAAAACUUUUUCGCGUGUUGCCAUGCUUUCUAGGAUAUUAUGAUAUUAUUUACUGUUAUUAUGUAAUUUUUUAUGCAUAUCUUUGGAAUUUGUGGGUAGAAUAAUUAUAAUACUCUGGAUUAUUAAAAUUUAUGUAUCUCUUAAAUUGUAACAUUCUACUGAUUCUACAAAAUUAUUUAUUUAAAAACAUUAUUCUUCAACUUACUGGAGGCAUUUCAUUAGCAUAUAUACAUAUAAUAGAAUUAUAUUACUUAUAUAUAUAUUAAUUUUGUAUUGGGGAAAAUAUCUAUUUUUAUAUUCGUUGAUCUAAUGUUUAAAGUAUAUACAUUUAUAUAUAACUUGUUCUUUUUUUAUAUAAUACAAUAUCCGAUAGUAAAGUAUACCAAAUAUUCAUAUAGGUUAAAAAAUAAAAAUUAAAAAAAUUAAUGAA